CAAAUUUGUUCAGUAUGCGGUAAGAUUGUUAAUAUGGUGGAUAGUAUUGAAUUCAUGAAAAAGACUGACAAUCGUCACAUUCAAACUAAUAUUCGAUUCAGGAUCAAAGAAGCCCUCCGAGAACGAGACUUCAAUUUAUCAAAAAGAAAAGAAAGUUUGAAAAUGAUGUUAUCGCUGGAAGAACUUCAGCAAGAGGAGGAAUUAGCGAACCUUUUUCGAACUCGAGUGCUAGAAAACGCUCAAAAACGUUUGGAUUGGAUUUCCACAGCCAGGUUUGAAAGAACUGAAGCUGAGAGGGAAUUUUUGAAACUAAAACAAAUUCAAAAAGAACUAGCCAAUUGUGAAGAAAUGCGUCCCAAGGAAAGUAAAAAGAUUACACAAGAAACAAAGAGAGCACAACUAUUACAAAUUUCUGAAAAAAGGGCCAUGCAAAUGAAAGAAAAAGAAAUCGAUAAGAUUUGGUUUGAAGCUUCGAUGUGUUUGGAAAGGGAAAAGGAAAAGCAACGGCAAUAUGAAAAUGACUUACGAAAAAUCAUUGCAAAUAAGACGGUGCAGGUUUUGGAUGGUCAAAUAGAACAAAUGAAGCAAAUUAAAGAAAUGGAAAACGAAGAGAAAAAGAAUGAACAUCUAAGAAUUGAAAGAGAAAAUCAUGAGGAUGUCCUUCGGCUUUCUUUUGAAGAGCGACAUGUUCUUAGAAACAAAAUCGAGGAAGGUUCAAAACAAAAGAGCCACCUUCAAUCUUUGGAAGCGGAGAAGAUAAUUAGAGAAGAAGAAAUCCGACGGUCAGAAGCUUUAAACAAUAAAAUUAUUAACAUCGAUCAGCAAAAGGAAAGAGAGGCAACAAAACUUAAAAGAGAUUCGGACAACAAAUCACAAGCCAGAUACCUGGAAUAUGUAAAAGAUAGAAAGUCCGAAAUGAAUUGCAGGAACAAAAUGCUUGAUACUGCCUUGGUGGCACACGGCAGACAGAUUCAAGCUCAAUCACAACCGAAAACCAACAUACCGUACCAAAAAUCCAUUCGUUAAAUUAAAAAAAAGUAUAUAAUCAAUUUGUAUUAAGUCUAAGCGGAAUAAAAUAUUGCAAUGCCUACGCUACAAAAUGGAAUGAUUUUAAUUAAGUGAACUCGAUUUUCAUUUAUUCAAUGGAAAAACGACAAAAUCUGUUAAAGUCUAGCCCAAUUUGACAAAUGAUCAUUGGAAACCAAUUAACUAGAUUUAUAAGUGCAGUGCCAUGAAUCAUUUUGGUGCCAUUUGGCAAUUUCAAUACUAAUCAAAAAUCACAAGCGAUAGAGUAUUUAAGCACCACAAACAACUCAUUGACAGUACUGUCAAGCAGCCGCGCGCUGUCUGAAAAAGACUUAUGCAUAUUGUAUAGUCAAACCAAUCUUAACAGCUUUACUUGUUAACACAUGUAUGCUUAUUUCUGCGGUUUUAACAGGCCAAAGAUUAAGAUAAUUUGUACGUUUAUAUGCUUUGACUUGAGAAGUCAAAACAUAUUUGUUCAGAUUAACUGAGUUUGAGAUUGUUUCUAAAAUGAUUUUGACAGAACACUACUUGUAUUGUUUAUAAUAUUGAAUAAGGUUCGUAUUUUGAACAUUUUAUGGAACCUAACUGUUUUUAAAUC